AUGGACCUCUUCAAAGUCAACAUUGAUGGUGCUAUUGAGAGACACAACUCUUAUGAUGCUUGUGGUGGUUUGGCUCGAGGUAGUACCAAAAGAUGGCUUGGUGAGUUUAUCCAGUUUGUGGGACAUUGCAACAGCCUUGAAGCGGAUUUAUGUGUUGUUGUACAAGGCAUUUUACUUGUGAGAAGAUUAAACUUGAAGAAUGUCAUCAUUGAAUCUGAUUCAUUGGAGACAGUGGCCAGUGUCUCGACGUCCAAUGAUUUAUGGGGAGGUAGUCCACUUGUCUGGAAGAUCAGGAAACUCGUAAAGGAUCGUAUGGACAUCUCUGUCAAGCAUAUUAGGCGGAAGGCCAACCAACCACCAGUGGACUGGCUAGCAAAGAAAAGGUUUCAAUAUCCCUAA